UACAACUUUUCCGGCGACUUUUCCGGCCAUUUUCCGGUGACUUUUCCGGCAACUUUUGGGUAACUUUUUCGGUCAUUUCCGACAACACUAUUUCAAGGAUGUCGAAUGAACCUAGACUCGAAUUUCAAAUCCUUGACUCAACUGGUUCGGAUUACCAUAGUUGGAAAACUGACGUUGAGAACCAUCUCACAUCAAAAGGGAUAUUGCCCAUAAUCCAGGCACCAAACGCGGGCCUUGUGUUCCAACGAACACCCAUAAAGCAUGCACAAGCAAUUAUCUUGAUGCGACGCCAUAUGGACAGAGCACUCAGAUUAGAGUAUAUGUCCAUCAAAGAUGCAAGGGACCUAUGGGUAGCGCUAGAAGAACGCUUUGAUAAUAUCCAAGAUUCCCUCCUCCCUGACUUGAAGGUUCAAUGGAACAAUAUACGCUUCUCCGACUUCAAGUCUGUUGCUGAAUACAAUUCAGAAGCUCUUCGGCUAAAAGCCAUGCUGAAGUUCUGUGGAAAACCUCUCACAGAAGAAGAGCUAAUUGAGAAGACUCUCUCCACCUUCCCCGUCGCAGCAAUUAUACUAUCAAAGCAAUAUCGCACUGAAUUUAAUGCUGGACGACUUACGAAGUUCAAUGAGCUUAUCAAUAUUUUGUCGGUGUCUGAGAAGCACGACAAUAUCCUUGUGAAGAAUUAUAAUUCAAGGCCCGUAGGAACCAAAAGCGUUCAUGAGGCAAAUUAUAAUGCACCCAAGAAAGGGCGCAAGGAGCGGUACCCUACUAAUAAGGGGCAUGUAUACCCUAAUAACAGGGGACAUGACGGACGAAUGGGUCCAUACAACCGCCCCAAUAAGGAAGGAAACCGCAACUUUGGAGCGGGCACACGUGGUGGCAAUUCCACACGUGGGAAAAGAGAAUAUAACAACACCAUGGGCCGUAACACUGUGGGCCGUGGAGGUCGCAUAAUACGCCGUGGUAGUAGCAGCAACAACCCGCCUAGGGAAUAUCCACAACGUGCACCUCAAAUAAAGAAAGUCAACCACAAUGACGUGUGUCAUAGGUGUGGAUCAAUCGAGCAUUGGUUUAAGCAAUGCCAAGCAAGUACUCAACUAGCUGCACGCUACAAGGAGUACAGGGAAAUGAGGGAGCAAGAAGCUCACCUUGCUGAAGAAGAAGAUGGUGAAGAUGUUAUUCUCACCAUAAAAGACUUCAAAGCUGAAAAUGAAAAGCACGAGGAUGCCGCAGACUUUGAUUAAAAUAGUCUUUUCUAUUUUCCAAUAAAACGGCAAAUGUGCCUUAGUCAAAUAACAAUUGAAUUGACUCUUUCUCAUGUGGCGUACCCAAUGAAGUAUGAUGUCUAGGCAAGUAAUUGAGAUCGGGGUAUUUAAGCGAGCCUCGCUCCACCAACAUCUCUCUACUUACCUGGUCAUAUUUUAUUGGAAUUACCAAACGGAUUGAGCAAUUACAAUUUGUAUAAAGUUUAAUUUUAUAUUGGAAUAAACUUUGGAAACUUUGAUGUAAUCAUUGACU